ACGUGCUUCUUGCGUGUCAAUCUCAUCUGCAACCAAUCCAACAUCCGACCACCUUCAUUCAUUCUGGUCACCACCUCACCGGCGCGGUGAUUUUAUCCCAAUUUUCUAAUGUUUUCCCCUGUUGCCGUUUCCCCUUCUUCCUUAAAUACCCCCCUUUCAUUCCCGUUCUACCCCUUCUUUUCCCGUUCUGCACCUCCUCUUUCCAAGACCCGAGUUUUCCCUCGGUUUCCCAGGUCUACUGCCAUCCAAGCUUCCAUCUUUGAGCCUUUGUUCGUUGAGGAAUCGAAGGGAGGAAGGGGAGACGAGAUGACGAUCUCUUCUUCGGUGAGGAUUUCGGAUGGGAAACUUGUCGUGCAUGGCCGCACGAUUCUCGCCGGAGUCUCUGAUUGUGUUGUUUCUAGCUCUGCUGUUGUUUCUGGACCUGUUGAUGGUGUGUUCCUCGGCGCGCAUUUCGCUGAGGCUCGCUCUAGUCAUGUGGUUUCUCUUGGGACUCUCAGGGAUGUGAGGUUCAUGGCGAGCUUUAGGUUCAAGCUAUGGUGGAUGGCUCAGAGAAUGGGGGAUAGAGGGCGAGAUGUGCCUCUUGAGACCCAGUUUCUCUUGUUAGAAUCCAAGGAUGAGGAUGAGAUUGUGUAUUUGGUGUUCUUGCCCCUUGUUGAGGGUCAUUUCCGGGCUUGUUUGCAGGGUAAUGCCAUGGAUGAGCUUGAACUUUUCAUGGAGAGUGGUGAUGCUGGAACACUGUCCGUUGCGUGCUCCCAUGCUGUCUUUGUUGGUGCUGCUGUUUCUGAUCCUUUUGCAGCUAUCUCUGGUGCUGUCAACGCUGUUAAGAGUCAUCUCAAGACGUUCCGGCAGCGGCCUGAGAAGAGACUUCCCGGCAUUGUCGAUUAUUUUGGAUGGUGCACUUGGGAUGCAUUCUAUCAAGAAGUUACUCAGGAAGGUGUUGAGGCUGGUCUUCAAAGCUUAACUUCAGGUGGUGCACCGCCAAAAUUUGUGAUCAUUGAUGAUGGCUGGCAGUCUGUGGCAGGUGAUAAGGGAAAGGAUGGACUCCAAAGGCUCACUGGUAUAAGAGAGAAUAGCAAGUUUCGGAGCAAGGAAGAUCCAGUAUCAGGGAUCAAGAGUAUUGUUUCGAUAGCGAAGGAAAAGUAUGGGCUCAAGUAUGUAUAUGUUUGGCAUGCAAUCACUGGUUAUUGGGGAGGUGUUCGGCCUGGUGAGGGGAUGGAUGAGUAUGGAUCGAAAAUGCAGUACCCAAAGAUGUCCCCCAGAAUGGUGGAGAAUGAGCCAGGACUGGUUGAAGAUGUUUUGACAGUGCAGGGGCUUGGGUUGGUGAAUCCAAAGAGAGUUUACAAGUUCUAUAAUGAUUUGCAUAGUUACUUGGCAUUGGCUGGGGUUGAUGGUGUCAAGGUGGAUGUACAGUGUGUCUUGGAGACACUCGGGACUGGACUUGGUGGAAGGGUUGAGCUCACGAGGAAGUUCCAUCAAGCUCUUGAUGCUUCAGUGGCCAAGAAUUUCCCUGACAAUGGUUGCAUUGCUUGCAUGAGCCAUAACACUGAUGCUCUCUAUUGUUCAAAGCAAACAGAUGUAGUCAGAGCAUCAGAUGAUUUCUAUCCUAGAGACCCUGUGUCCCAUACAAUCCACAUUGCAUCGGUAGCUUAUAAUAGUGUCUUCCUAGGAGAGUUUAUGCUUCCAGAUUGGGAUAUGUUCCAUUCUCUUCAUCCUGCUGCAGAAUAUCAUGCUUCUGCAAGAGCAAUCAGCGGUGGACCUAUAUAUGUCAGUGAUGCUCCCGGGAAGCAUAACUUUGACUUGUUGAGGAAGUUGGUCUUGCCUGAUGGCUCCAUUCUUCGUGCCCGCUUGCCCGGUCGCCCUACUCAGGACUGUCUCUUUACUGACCCUGCCCGGGAUGGUGUUAGUUUGCUCAAGAUAUGGAACAUGAACAAGUACACUGGUGUUCUUGGCGUGUACAAUUGCCAAGGAGCCGCAUGGAGUGCCACAGAGAAGAAGAACGUGUUUCACCACACCGGCGAAGAUGCUCUCUCUUGUGCUAUCAAAGGAAACGAUGUCCAUCUCAUCUCAGAUGCUGCUCUAGAUGAUGAUUGGAAUGGUGACUGUGUCAUGUAUCAACACAGCGAAGGCGAAUUGGUUGUCCUUCCUCAAAAUGCAGCCAUGCCCAUGUCUUUGAAGGUCUUGAAGCAUGCAAUCUUCACUGUCGCACCCAUCAAGGUUUUGGCACCUGGAUAUAAAUUUGCGCCAUUGGGUCUGUUAGAUAUGUACAACGCAGGAGGAGCAAUUGAAGGUCUCUCGUACCAAGUUCUCGGUGGUGCUAAUAUAUCUGAACUCGACGGGACAGUUGUAAGUGAGUUCAAUGAAGCAUCUCCACAAAUGCCAGAGAAUAAGAGCUCAGAAGCUGUCGCUCUUGUUUGCAUGGAAGUGAAGGGAUGUGGGAGAUUUGGAGCUUACUCUUCGGCGAAGCCGACCAAGUGUUCAGUUGGCUUGGCAAGUGUUGAUUUCUCAUUUGAUUCUUCAUCUGGAUUGGUCUCUCUUCAAUUGGCAAACAUGCCGGAGGGUGAUUGGAAAAUUCACAAAGUGGUUAUCGAAUUGUAAGGUCAUUGUUGCCAUUGAUUUUGCUAUUGAUUCUUUGGAAGUAUUUAUACUUCCCAAUGUUCCCAUUGAAUUUGCUGGGAAGGUUUGCUUAUAUUUUUAGCAUUGAAAGGGAAAGGGUUUUUAUGUAGAUUUUGAUAAGUCGGAACUGUGCAUGGGUGAGAUCAUGAGUUCGACUUCUCAUUUUUGCAGAUGAAGUCGCAUGGUAUAAUUAAAAAGUUUGUGCAUUCUUUUUAGCACGCUGUUUGUCCAUAUUUAUAAAAAUAUUGCACUUGGUUCA